ACACCACUUCGGCAGAUGGGAGAGACCUGUGGAUAUGCUAGCUGCCCCCUUCUCCAGAAAGAUAUGUUGAACGUACACAUAGUGCCCCACACUCACGGCGAGCUUGGAGACACGCGAACAUUCUACGAGCAUUACACUGGAAGUAAGAAAAACCUCUACGAAAAGAGUCAAGUGAACAUGAAGCGAAUUCUAGACUUUACCAUCUCAGAGCUGUGGGCGCAACAGGAUCGAAAAUUCACAUUAUCUGACAUGCCGUACUUAUUUCAUUGGUGGGCGAAUCGAGACGAAACAGUCCGCAGGAUGGUGUACCAGCUGCUCCGCCAAGGCCGCCUGUACUUGGUGGGCGGAGGGUGGAGUAUGAGUGAUGAAGCUACCACCAGCUACCAUGCCAUCAUAGACCACUUCACCUACUCGCUGAGAAAGAUCAACGCGACCUUUCUCGAGUGUGGCCGACCGCUAGUGGCGUGGCAGGCGGACUGCUUCGGGCACAGUCGCGAGUUCGCUUCCCUCAUGAGCCAGAUGGGGUUCGAUGGACUCUUCAUCAACCCCAUCAGCUUUGACGAUGAGCUGGAACGGAUGAAGCGGAAGGGGCUGGAGUUUAUGUGGAGGGGGAGCGAUGAUUUGGGAGCGGAGACAGACAUCUACACUCACAAGCUGUUCGACGGUUACUGGUCACCUCCAGGGUUCUGCUUCGGGACGCAGUGCAGCGACCCACUCAUCAUCACGUCUACUGACGACUUUACCAACGUCAGAGAACGGGUGAACGUAUUCCUCCAAAGCGUUCAGUUCCGUCAAGCGCCGUACUAUACCACCCGCAACGUGAUGGUGAUGAUGGGACAGCGAUGGGGGUACUACGAUGCUAGUGUAUGGUUCGCUAACAUCGACAAACUCAUCGGCUCUCUGAACCGCUACAACCUGGUAGGCGGAGUGGCGGUGAACGCGUUUUACUCCACCCCCGCGUGCUAUCUGAAGGCUGUGUAUGAGGAGAAUCCAAAACUCCAAACAAAGCAAGACGAUUUCUUCCCGUUCGCCUACGACAAGUCGUCGUAUGCCACCGGCAUGUACUCGUCGCGUCCCGCUCUCAAGUACUUAGCCAGAGAGGGACAAAGGAUCCUACAGAUCUCCAAACAACUACACGUCACUGCUAGGAUGGGAAAUUACAACAAGUUAUUUGAAGAUAUGUCGUGGAUCAAUGGUGUAUUCCAAGACCACAACAUAAUAUCAGGCGCGCUGAGGCCGCACGUUAUGGAUUACUACGUCGACAAGAUGGCUUCUGUCAUCGACUUGGCCAUGACGACCAUCAUAAAGAACGGGUUGAAUGUGCUUCGCAAGAGUCCAGCAGAGACCAACUACAAUAGAUGCCAUUUCAACAUAUCCAGGUGCCCUUACACGGGAGGCCCUCACUACUUUGUGAGUAUAGUGGUAUACAACCCCUUGGCUUGGAAUGUGAGUACAACCGUGAGACUGCCCAUACAACCCAUCGACUAUACAGUGUAUACUCCAAGAGGCACAACCGUCAGGGCAGCGAUGGCUCCCAUACCAGAUAACGUGCGACGGCACCCCGCAAGGAAAACGCGGGCUUUUUACGAAUUAAUAUUUUACGCGGAGGACAUACCCCCUAUGGGAUUCAGGUCAUACUGCAUCCAAAAGUCCACCCUAGGCUGGGAUCGUCCAAAGCGUUCUUUAAUCAAGAAAAUCAACCAGAACAAGCCAAAAAAAUACCUAGUCAGACAAACCAAUCCUUCCACCGACGACGUUACUUUAUUUGGAGAAAACGAACCUGAAUACAUGGAAUAUGACGAAUCUACUACUCCUAGAUUAGAAACCAAGAUAGUCUUUGGAAAUGUCAGCAAAAUAGACUAUGAAAGUCGUUUCACUGGAGUCCUCACUCCCAAGAGUAGAAUUGAAGCCUUAUCUUCAACUACAGAAAGUAUAACUACAAAAACAACUACAGAAACUACAGAGAGAACUACGGAGAGAGUGAGUAGGACUACGAGGAAGACAGAGUCGGAAGAUGAAGAGGAUAUAAACAGAGAUUUAUACAAACAUGUUUCGCCUAAAGGGUAUAUACCAAAAGAUAGUAGGAACCCGUAUUUUAAUAAUAAGUACAUCCGAGUAAACCUAGACAGUAAGAAUCGCAUCUACAGCGUGCUUUUAGCGAACGGCGUCAAAAUACAUUUGGACAUAAAAAUGUUCUUCUACGUUUCGGACGACCCCGAUAAGAAAGACAAAAAGAUGAACUCCCCAGGGGCAUAUUUAUUCAGAACUAUGGAUGAAAAGCAAGAAGAAAUAAACGAUAUUUUUAAUGUCACUGUGUAUAAGACUGGAUUGCAUUAUGAGUAUCAUUGCAAGCUUGCAGAUUAUGCGGCGUACGUUGUGAGGUUGUAUGCCAAUAGUUCUGUGUUGGAAGUCGAUUGGAUGGUCGGGCCUGUAUCCGUGGAAGAUGGGUUAGGUAAAGAGGUGUUCAUCAAAUACUCAACAAACCUGGAGAAUAACGGCGUAUUCUACACGGAUUCCAACGGCCGGCAGACCAUGAAGCGAAUCAGGAAUAUGAGGCCCACCUUCACUCCAUUGAAUACAGACCCGAUCGCAGGCAACUUGUACCCAGUGACAUCGAAAAUCCACAUAGAAGACCCGAAAAAGAAUAUUCGUUUCUCCGUCCUGAACGACCGAGCCCAAGCCGGCUCAUCUUUGAAAGAUGGCGAAAUUGACCUAUUAGUACAUCGACGACUGUUAACCGACGACAACGGAAUACAAGCAUAUUUAAACGAAACCGAGUUCGGUAACGGAAUUUUAGUCAGAGGCACCCAUUAUUUGUACAUAUCCAAAGCCAACCACAAACCCACGAGGAUAUUUGAGAAAAAACUGGCAAAAGAAAUCGAAUUAAAACCACAGGUUUUUGUAUCAGAUAUGUACGGGUACGGACGGAAUACUAAGCGGAUUUGGAUGGAGUAUAACAACGAAUAUAGUGCUCUAAGAUCGAAAUUGCCUUUAGGGGUUCAUAUACUAACUUUAGAGACGUGGACCGAACAUUCUUUGCUGCUACGAUUGGAGAAUUUUUUGGAGAAAAACGACGCUGUGUUAUCGGGAAUCAAAACGGUUAAAUUACGGAAUUUGUUCAAGAAUUUUCGUGUCACUGAUGUUAAAGAAACCACGCUAGCAGCGAAUAUGAUGUUGAAAGACUUCGUGCCUUUAGGAUGGUCUAAAGACAAGUUUCUCAAAAGUUUCAACGAAGCGUAUGGAAGUGGAACUUAUGCGUAUUCUAAUAACGAUUUGAAGGAGAUGGAGGAAACUGAUUUAAAUAAAGGCAUAGUGUUAAGACCCCAGCAGAUUAGGACGUUCAUUGUACAAUAUGAGUUAGUUGAUUAUUAGU